GCUUCAAAGUCCGCGUAUUAAAAUAUAACGAUCUGAUCUCAUAGAACAACCUUUGAAUUGGUUUGAUCAUAAGUGAAAGGGGGUAUGUCAUUUUCAGAUGAUUCUGCCUUUGAUGAUGAUGAUUCAGAAUUAGAAGCCAUUGUCACUAAUGGUGUUAAUGUCCCAAUUAUUUCUAAACCACCACCACAAUCCAGACCUAAACAAAAGUCAAAACCUCAAUAUGAAGAAAUUAUUCAACCCAUACCAGGAGCUAUCAACCAUCACGCUAUAGAUUAUUAUAGCUUAGCCACUUAUAUAUAUCCUACCAACUUUGAAGUUAGAGACUAUCAAUUCAAUAUUGUACGAAGAGCCUUUUAUGAUAAUUUAUUAGUGGCAUUACCUACUGGUUUAGGUAAAACAUUCAUUGCAUCAACUGUUAUGUUAAAUUUCCUACGAUGGUUUCCUGAUUCGAAAAUUAUAUUCAUGGCUCCUACUAAACCUUUAGUAGCACAACAAAUUAAAGCUUUUUGUUCUAUAACGGGGAUCCUGACUAAUAAAGUUGCUAUUUUAUUAGAUAAAACCAGAAAGAAUAGAGGGGAGAUUUGGGAUUCGAAACAAGUGUUUUUCACUACUCCUCAAGUGGUUGAAAAUGAUUUAUCAUCAAGUUUAAUUGAUCCUAAAUCUAUUUCAUUAUUGGUUAUUGAUGAAGCUCAUAGAUCAAAGGGGAAUUAUGCUUAUAAUAAUGUGGUUAAAUAUUUAGAACGAUUUAAUCGAUCUUAUCGAGUAUUAGCCUUAACUGCUACUCCAGCUUCUACUGUGGAUGGAGUUCAAGAGAUUAUUGAUAAUUUAAAAAUAUCGAAAGUUGAAGUUCGUACUGAACAAAGUAUUGAUAUUAUAAAACAUAUGAAACGAAAGAAAAUCGUACGAAGAAUAAUUCAACAAUCAGAUGAUAUUAAUGAAUGUGUUGAUUUCUUAUGUAUCGCUAUAGCUCCCAUGUUAAAAGAGGCAAAUGCGAAAGGUAUUUAUGAUGUUACUAAUCCCAAAUAUAUUAAUUUCUUUACUUGUAUGGAAGCAUCAAGAAGAGUAAUGAUGAAUACAUCGAUGGCAUCAGGAUUCAAAUGGGGUAAUAUACAUCUUCUUCUGAUAAUUGGAGUGGUGGGUCAAUGUUUUAAACGAUUGAAUAUUUAUGGGGUUCGAUCAUUUCAUAGUUAUUUCAUUGAAAAGUAUAAAGAGUUUGAAGCUAAAUUUAAUAAUCCCAAGAAUAAAAAAUCGAAAUUAGCCACAGAUUUUUAUUUUCAUCCAGCUAUUAAGGAUUUACUUAAACGAUCGGAAGAAAUCCUUAAUGAUGAUACAGAAUUCAGUCAUCCUAAGAUUCAAGCCUUAGUUGAUGAAUUAGAUUUAUUCUUUGGCGAAGGUAAAGAUGAUUCAAGAGUUAUUAUAUUCACUGAAUUUAGAGAAUCAGCCUUAGAAAUAGUUCAAUCGAUUGAAAAAAUCGGUAAGAAUUUAAAACCUCAUAUCUUUAUUGGUCAAUCUAAAGAGAAGGAUAAAGUUGAUGAUGAUUCUGAAAUAGGUACAAAUAAGAAUAAAAAGGGCAAGAAGAAAGUUGAUAAUCGAUCGUCAGAGAGAACCAGCUCUGAAAAUGCUCAAAUAACAGGGAUGAAUCAAAAAUUACAAAAGGAAAUCAUUAAAAAAUUCAAAGCUGGUACGUUUAAUAUAUUAGUUGCUACUUCCAUUGGUGAAGAAGGGUUAGAUAUUGGUGAAGUUGAUUUAAUUAUAUGUUAUGAUUCGACUAGUUCUCCGAUUAAAAAUGUUCAAAGAAUGGGUAGAACGGGUCGUAAACGAGAUGGGAAAGUGGUAUUAUUAUUUUCUGGUAAUGAAGAAACUAAAUUCAAUAAAGCUAUGGAUGGAUAUGAAUAUAUUCAACAACAUAUUCAAAAAGGGGAGUUAAUUCGAUUACAACCUCAGAAUAGAAUUAUCCCUAAGGAGUAUGAACCUAAAGUUGAAAAGAAGUUCAUUGAAAUUCCAGAUGAAAAUAAAGAAUUAAAAGUUGAAGAUGAUGCGGAUGAGAUUAUUAGAAUUGCUACUGAAUAUAUGAUUGGUAGUUCUAAGAAGAAGAAAACUACCAAAAAGAAUGGUAAAGCGGAGAAGAAACAGAAACAAUUCUUUAUGCCUGAAAACGUUGAAACUGGAUUUAAGAGUGCCAAUACUAUGGUUCGUAGAAUUGAUGAUAAUGAUGAUGAUGAUGAAGCUAGUGAUCAUGAAUCUUCAAGGCCUCGAGAUUUCCUUGAUACUAUUGUUGAUUUUGAUAGUGAUGAUGAUCUUCCUAUUGGUAAGCGAAAUGAAAGUAUUAGUAAUUCCAAGAAGACUGAUACUAGUGUGGGAGGUACCACUAAUGAUAAUUCAUCUACAUUUUAUGAGCUAUCUGAUCAUAGUAGUGAAGAUGAUGAUCUGAUACCACUUGCAAGCACAAAGUUGAAUAAAAAGUUACCACAUAGAUCAUCUUCUUCAUCACCACCACCGCCUAUUGAAAGAGGAAUAAUUCCAAUGCCACAAAUAAAAAGAUCUUAUGCUCCAGAACCUUCUAUUAUUCGUAAUAAUAUAUCUUCACCAUCGCCAGCAGUGGAAAGAGGAAUAAUACCAACUCCACAAAUGAAAAGAUCAUAUAUUCAAGAACCUAUCAUUACUCCAAAUACGAGUACAACAUCUAAGAAGAAGACGCUUGGAGUGAAAAGACCACGGAUUCAAAAUGAUAUAUUAGGACAAUUACAACGACAAUCCAAUAAAAUCAUCAAGACUUCAUCACCUGAAGUGACUAUCGUAAUAGAUGACGAUGAAGAUGAUAAAGAAGAUGAAGAUCUUCCCUUAAGCUCAAUAGGAAACUCGGGUCAUUUGGAUGCAAAUAGUACAUUAAUAGAAGAGAAACAAAAUUCCAAUCACCACAGUAUUAACCUUGAUGACGAAGAAGAAGACGAGUUUGAUAAUGAUGAGUUUGAUGAUAGUUUAGAUGACGAAUUACUCCGAUUACCCACCAAGACAAGUAUUGAAUUGAGAGAACCGACAUUAGAGCCAGAUAUUAUCAUGGAUAAAGAUUUCCCCCUUGAUUUCAAGCCAAAUGAUGGAUUUCUUAAUGAAGAUGAUAAGUUGGAGUUAUAUACUUAUUAUUAUUUUAAUUUAGACGGUGAUGAUCAACAGAAAUCAUUUGAUCCAAAUUUAGGUGUGAAUAGUCGGGGUAAUAUUGGUCAUAGUAAGAAAUCGAAUCAAUUGAUAACCAUGAUUAAGAUUGCAAAUGAAGUAAAACUGGCAGAUGCUGAUGCAAAGAUAGAAGAGUAUAAGAGAAGAAGUAAGAAACGUAAUCCUGAUGUAAGUGAUAUCAGAGAUAUGGUAAUUAUUGAAGAGAGAGAAUAAUUUAUAGAGUAGUCAGACUUUUGUAUAUAGGUUUAGAAACAAUGGGAACAACAUUAAAAUAGGAUGCAAAAUAAUAGUAUAACACUUUCGGGUAGAAUUUACCCGGACACGUACUUUCUUCAGCAUUUUUUUCAAACUAUCACCAAACAGGGCGACAUAAAAAAAACAAAUGUUAAAAACUUUUUUAAACUGUUUAUA